GCCGCGACAACGCGUGUUUUUAUCGGUAACGGGCAAGCGGGGCGUGGAUCGAAACAAGACAUCAUCCCGGACCGUGUUUUUUCGCGUUCACCACCGUCGUUGUGAUAUAUACGUGACGUGUACCGUGUCUCACGAGACGGUCUCCCGACUCUGCCUACCUCCAUGUGUCUUCGGUAGGGCGGCAGAGGGGAGGGGGCGGGCCCUUCGGGAAAGCAACGAGGCGAGAAGACAACUAGUCGUACGCAGAUUGCCGAGCUGUCAAGUCGUACGUUCGGACAACUGGAAGAUCCUCUUUUUGUUUCUUUUUCUCACUUUAUCUCUCUCUCCCUCGCUCUUUCACCGGACUUUACGUACCCUCUGUUGUCUAGAGGUACACUUUUGGAUUACAGUGUGUGCGCGCGUUCGAUUUAACUUGACGAUUCGCGGCGUCGCUGGUUUUUGUGUGAACGCCGUGGGUUAAACUUCGUAUCGCGUACGCGCAUGUGUGAUUACCUCGUAACGUUACCGGCGAUUCCCGUGUCGCGAGAAACAACGAUCCGAUUGUUUUCUCCGAUCAAGACGGUCCACCUCGUACAGUGGACAACCAGUUCAACCUCGUGUGUGCUUAUCGUUGUUUCGGUGUCACGUUGUAACGCUGGAUUAUCAGUGCCCGCGACCAGAGAAAGAUAGUAACGAGGGACGUGGUGGUUCGUUGUUGCGCGACCGUACCAAGAACGCGACGAAACGAGUCCGUGCAUCAGUGACAACCGUUCAUAAUUUUUUUCAUCACGAAAAACACAUCGUCGUUUUACCAUGAUUCGGACGUAGUAGCACACGAGUCGAAGAGGAUUUAUCUGCCGCGGUGGUGCGCGACGAUGGUUACCUUCGCGAACGUGUACCGUAGAAAAACGUGACUGGUGAUCGAUAUUGUACGUGCCAAGGGAACAAAGUGUGUUUUCUUUCAUGCUUACGCUUUCAACAUCGUCGUUGUCGUAUCGUCGUCGUUGUCGUCGACAUCCAGCGCAACCGGUGGUACCUUAAGUACCACGAUCUCGCACGAGGCGCGCUGUUCACGCGUCGGAACUAAAAGGGGAACCCGUAACCGCCGUUUCUCGUCCCGUAACGCCAUCGGCGAUAUAUCGUUAACCAAGGUGGCUAGAACCGGGAGAACUAUCAGCCACUUCAUAUAUGAACCGAUACGCCACGAGCACGUUCCUCCGUGCAGUGCUUGCGCAAGGGUGAUAUGUUAUUGGAGAUGGAGCAGCAUUCGGGCCUGAUAUCCCUGAAUAUGUCGCCGUUCCAUCUAAGCCCUCAGGGCAGUCCCCAAGGUGCGGCCGGUGCGGGCCAGCAACAGCAACAGCAGCAACAACAAGCGCAGCAACAGCAACCGCAAUACGGUUCCUCGCCUUACGGCAAUUGCGCUCACAGUCCGCCCACGACGAUGUGCCACCAGUCGCAGUCGCAGCCAUCACAACAGCAACAGCAGCAGCAGCAGCAGCAGCAACCGCAGCAACAACAACAACAACAACAUUUGCCGGUACACGGUCAGGUACACUCGCAGGGUGGUAUAUCGGGCUUCGAUGCCGUGUUCUUCGACUCGACCGCCCUGGAGGAACGGUGCCCGAUGUGCGGCGACAAAAUGUCGGGUUACCAAUACGGCCUGCUCACGUGCGAGUCUUGCAAGGGGUUUUUCAAGCGCAACAACUCGCCGUGCACCGGAAACGCUACUGGCAAUGGCGGCAGUUCCGCUACGGUAAGCGGCAAUGUCGCGAUACCAACUACCACCUAUUCGUUACCGUCUGGUACCCUCUGUCAUCCUGGAUUGGGUCAGGUCGGGGUCGGUGUCGUCACUGGCUCGAUACCCUGCCCAUCCGACUUCCCCGACACCAAGGACAUCGUCAUCGAGGAACUCUGUCCCGUGUGCGGCGACAAAGUAUCCGGUUAUCACUACGGGCUACUCACCUGCGAAUCCUGUAAGGGUUUCUUCAAGCGCACCGUCCAAAACAAAAAGGUCUACACGUGUGUUGCCGAGAGGUCCUGUCACAUCGACAAGACGCAACGGAAGCGGUGUCCCUACUGCCGUUUUCAGAAGUGCCUCGAAGUCGGCAUGAAGCUUGAGGCCGUUCGAGCGGACCGGAUGAGAGGCGGUAGGAACAAAUUUGGACCCAUGUACAAAAGGGACCGAGCGCGGAAGCUGCAAAUGAUGAGACAACGGCAGCUGGCACUGCAAACGAUACGCGGCAGCCUCGGUGACCCAUCGAACUAUCCCUCCGCCGUAACGCCUUUCCUGCAUAUUAAACAGGAGAUCCAAAUACCUCAGGUCUCGAGUCUAACGUCUUCCCCAGAUUCGAGUCCAUCCCCCGCAGCCGUGGCCGCUGGUCUGGUCACGACCCAAGCUGGCAGCGGAGCUGGUCAGCAUCAACUGAUCGCACCGUCCUCACAGCCAAAUAUUUCUGGCGGUAAUCACCUGCACAACCUCAACCCUGGCCUGGAUAGCAAAUUGUGGGCUGCCAAUUCCACCACCCCUAGUCCGAAGGCCUUCAACUUCGGUGAACAGUCCACGCAACCUCACGGGGCCACUGCGUCCGCGCCCUCUACCGCCGCCUUGAAAACUAGUCCAAUGAUAAGAGACUUCGUGCAAACGGUGGACGACCGCGAGUGGCAGGCAUCGCUAUUUGGAUUGUUGCAAAACCAAACGUACAAUCAGUGUGAAGUGGACUUGUUCGAAUUAAUGUGCAAAGUGCUCGAUCAGAAUCUGUUCUCGCAGGUGGACUGGGCUAGAAACUCUGUAUUCUUCAAAGAUCUCAAGCAUCAACUGAUCGCACCGUCCUCACAGCCAAAUAUUUCUGGCGGUAAUCACCUGCACAACCUCAACCCUGGCCUGGAUAGCAAAUUGUGGGCUGCCAAUUCCACCACCCCUAGUCCGAAGGCCUUCAACUUCGGUGAACAGUCCACGCAACCUCACGGGGCCACUGCGUCCGCGCCCUCUACCGCCGCCUUGAAAACUAGUCCAAUGAUAAGAGACUUCGUGCAAACGGUGGACGACCGCGAGUGGCAGGCAUCGCUAUUUGGAUUGUUGCAAAACCAAACGUACAAUCAGUGUGAAGUGGACUUGUUCGAAUUAAUGUGCAAAGUGCUCGAUCAGAAUCUGUUCUCGCAGGUGGACUGGGCUAGAAACUCUGUAUUCUUCAAAGAUCUCAAGGUUGAUGACCAAAUGAAGUUACUACAGCACUCCUGGUCGGAUAUGUUGGUGCUUGAUCAUCUUCAUCAAAGGUUACACAAUAAUCUACCUGAUGAGACUACGCUUCAUAAUGGCCAAAAGUUUGAUCUCCUUUGCCUCGGCCUACUUGGAGUUCCUUCCUUGGCGGACAUUUUCAAUGAUCUAUCGUCCAAACUUCAAGAACUAAAAUUCGACCUUUCGGAUUACAUAUGCAUGAAGUUCUUGAUGUUGCUCAAUCAUGAAGUUCGUGGAUUAGUUAACAAGAAACACGUGCAAGAAGGUCAUGAACAAGUACAACAAGCUCUUUUGGAUUACACGUUGACAUGUUAUCCUUCUAUACCGGAUAAGUUUAAUAAGCUGCUAGCAGUAUUACCAGAAAUCCAUGUGGUAGCAACCAGGGGAGAAGAUCAUCUUUAUCAGAAGCAUUGUAGCGGUGGAGCGCCAACUCAAACUCUUCUAAUGGAGAUGCUUCAUGCUAAGAGAAAAUGAAACGAUAGAUUCGUUUGGCAUUUUUGCCAUGAGUUAGUCUGUUACUAUAUCUCAGAAAUCAAGCUAACGCCCCUUAUUGUCAGAGUGGACCUCAAAGUACCUAUUAAGAGCUAAAAUGCUGUUUAGGUGUUGGACCAAGUUUAAGGGGCCCUGGUUCAAUCGAUACCUAACGCAAACAAAUCAAGUAUAGACGUACAUACUUUACAUAUAUACAUAAUAUAUGUAUUAUAAAGUGUAUCUAAAUAUAUAAACAUAAUGACAUAUAUUUUCUAUAUUUGAUGUUGAAGUUUUAGAGAUGUAUCCAUGGAGAAUUAUUACCCCUGUUGAUGGGUACAAGCGCAGGGAAAACAGUAAGCAAGAUGCCUUGAAAACAGUACAAAGGGUGGUUAACAAAAUAUUGGUCAAAGGGCAGGCAACUUUUAUCUAAAUAAGUAAAGCUAUUUUUCUAAUACUAGAUGCGAUUAUUUUUAAGCAUACCACUGAAGCCUUGCUCUUAUUUGAACGUAAAUGAAAUAAUAAAAGAUAUCCUAAAUAGUAACGAGAAAGAAAGAAAUUGCCGACUCUGCGGUCAAUCGUGCUUCUGCAAGGGAUUCAAUGGGCAUACUUGAACGACAGUAAAAAAAUUUCAUGUGAUAUACUUAUAUAUACAUAUAUACAUAUAUGUCGCACGGCCACCUGGGCAUCCUUAGAACUUCCUAUGAAAGAAUAAGAAAAAAAUAAUCUGCAUUUUGUCACACUUGCACACAGCAGGGCUAUUAUGUAUUGUAAAUACUAGUUAACACAUUCCAAUUACGUUGUAAAGUAUGAAUCAUGUUAAAUAUGUAAUUAUAAUAUUUUGUGUAUAGUUUAAUAAAAUAAAUAUAUUUCUGUUGCUUAUUACCGAGGAAAAAAUCAUUAGCUACUUAAUGUCUUCACUAAUUUUAGAGUUUUAUUCAUGUAUUUUUCUCUUUUUAUUAUUUUUCAAAUAGGUGGCGGAAAAAGAAUAACCAGAAAAGAUUCGCGAUAUCUUAUAAUUGUAUAUUGUAUCAUAAUAAAGAUUCUGUUUAAGAAAUAAAAAAGGAAUCAUUGGAGCAAGGUUUAUGUGGUCCUACAUUAUCUAGCGAUUAAUACUAAGUAUAUAAGAGAUCAAUAUUGUCUUAUCGCAGUUGUUAAAUAGAUAAAUAUUUACUGAAUGUUAAGAUAGCGAUGAUCGAACGUAGUAAUUUUUUCACUAAUAGAUUAUUAUUGUUUAGUCAAUAGUCAGAAACUUUUCAGUGCUGUGAAGGUUGUCUUUUCGACGCCUGUGGUAUCUAAGCCAUCGGUAAUUACACGUGCUACAUUCGAGGCUCAAGCGUGGCAACAGGAACAGAAAUCUUUGCUCGUACUGGUAGGCUGGUAGUACCACCCUUUGCAACUCCUACUGUUUAUAUCCUCUAUCAAUGAAGUACCUGGAAAAAUAAAAUGCUAUUUUACUACUUUCACUUUUCCACCGACUUCGAUAUAAGAUGUUAAAUAUAGAUGUAAACGAUUUGUUGAUGUGUGUAAAAAAAGAACUCGAUGCCACAUUAGAUUAAGAAUCGAGUGUUGAAUCAAAUCAGGAGGAGUAGCUGCGAGUAAUACUACCAUGAGAAAUAUAAAUAUAUAUAUAUACACGUAUAUAUUUUUGAAAGCAUGCAUGUACUUAUCGUGUGAGUAAAGAUUUGUGUCCAUGGUCAAAUUUUUUGCAAAUCUUCGACACAAAAAACUGUAUCAACGUGUUCCCAAAUUUUCAAAUCGUCUGGUUCUGUUUUAAUCGAUCGAUAUCCGAAAUAGAGAGUUUACAUUAUUUUUUUGGCUGUUUAAAAUACUUUGAAAGAAGAACAAAAAAAAAUAAUGCAUUACUUAUAUUUAACUCGCAUAUAAAUGUCUACCUCUUCAUAACUGUAUUAAGUCUUACAUUUUUACAUUUUUAAUAAACCACAUACCUCAGAAUAGACACCCAGAUAGCAAAUUAAAUGGAAUGUAUGAAUGUUACCUACGUAGACGUUAAAUGUCUACGACUUCUGUAAUAUGCGUAACAACAAAAUAUAAAAAAGUUCCAUUCAAAUAUUGUACCCACUGUAUUUCCAUGUUAACUACGUUAAUUAUUCUUAUGUUCUAUUCCAAAUUAGUCUAUACUUGUACACGGCAUGUACAAAAUAUAUUUAAAUCGAGGAAGUUUAUAGCUACUAACAAAGUUUUCCAAACUACACUUAAUCCUGUAUUGCUGUUUGGGUAAAAUCAAAUUGAAAUCAUAAUGUUUUUAUUUAUUAUAAUACCAUUCAUCACUCAUAACAUUUCGUGGAACGUGUCGGUCUGAUAAUUUUGGAACAAUCUAGGAGAAAAUGACAAACACGAAGUAUUUCAGAAACGAAAAUUGUCUCUUCUAAAUAUAUCCCUAAAUCAAUGAUAUUUGUAUGUAUCCAUCCUAUUUAAUCGUCCGCUCGAUUCUGUUAUAACAUGUUUAAUUAAUAAUUGUAACUAGGAAAUACGAAAAUAGUGGUGUUAUAAGCAUUGUGUUAAAUAUGUACAGUUACCAGUUAUAAUUGGCAAACGAUCUAAUUUAAUAUCGAUGUGAUUUUUUUUUUGAUCCAAUAAAAUAAUUGAAAUUAACAUUAUACAAAAGGCAAAAAUGAACAAGAAAAAUAUGCGUUGUUAACACUGCCAUUAGGAGUUGGCAAUUGUAAAUUAUGUAGAAAAACAAAUUAUUGAUUGUAAAUAUAUCUUUAUUAUUAACUAAUAAUUGUUCCUUUUUAGGAUUGACAGCGCUAUUUUUUAUAUAUUAUACUGAUUGAACUCCUAUUAAACAAUAAUAUUUCCCUGAUUGCACUCCUAUCUUUGGUAAUUAUUGUAAAAUACGUGCAAUGCCCAAAGGAUUGUAUGAUAGAUUUCAAGAGGAGGGUAAAGGAUGGUACUAUUUAAAUUAAUUAAGCAGACAAUUUUCAAAAAUUUACAAGUAGUAUUCCAAAACAUUCUAUAUUUGUUUCUUUAUUACAUACGAGGUAUAAUUUAAAUGCGUUUAUGUACAACACAAAGUUUAAUAUAAUUUGUAACAACGGUGUCAUUCAUAUACAAAAUAACAUGUAUAUUUAAAACAUUUGUUUGCUUUGUACAAAUAUGGUAACAACAUAAGAAAAUGCACAGUGGUUAAUAAAGACAUCAACUAAC